AUGGCACAGCAUACACCGGUGCCGCGGCUAUCGCUGGAGUUUGCCAAGGUGGAGUACCAGCUCAAGCUGGCGCUGCAAGCGACGACGGUGGAGCUGGACGAGGUGGCGGCCAUCGGCAACCCAAACCUCUCGCUGGCCUUUGAGGCCCGGGCGGCCGAGAUGAUGACGCUGUACGCAUGGGUCGACGCCGCGCUGGUGGGCGAUCUCAACUCGGUGGACGAGGUCAUGGCGCGCGGGUUCCGGUUCCAGGACGCUGGCAUGCUGUUUGCUGUCGGCUCUAUCGUCAUUCCCGACGGCGCGCCGCGCGACCACCAGUACAUGCUCUGCAAGAUUGCCGUGGGGCGGUCGUACGUGGUGGAGGAAGAGGCGCUGCAGGCGGCGCGGGUCGAGAUCCCCGAAGGCUACGACUCGAUCUAUGUCCACUCGGCGGCGUCUGAGGAGGCGCACGUGUACCACCACGAGUACCUGCUGCAGGACCCGGCCCAGGUCCUCCCGCUCUUCCUCGUCAACUUUAAGUUUGACCCCGCGUCCGAGGCUGCAGCCGGUGUCACGCUGUGCGAAGUGUGCGAGGAGGCCGAGGCCACGCUCUACUGUCAGCAGGACGACGCGCGGCUGUGCAAGGAGUGCGACGCCGAGAUCCACUCGGCCAACAAGCUUGUCCAGCGCCACACGCGCUCGGAGCUCGGCGCCGUUCCGCUCGCCUUUGGCGACUGCGCCUACCACCCAGGCAACUCGGUUGAGUACUUUUGCCCCAUCGACCACGUCCCGGUCUGCGUCCACUGCAAGAUGAUCGGCUCGCACGCCUCGGGCGAGGCCGCCUCGCACAAGCUCAUCACCAUCCGCGAGGCCUAUGCCGCCGCCCUCGACGCCGCCAACCGCGACGACCCGACCGUUGGCUCCAAGCGCUCCGACAUUCUGAAGAAGCUCUCCGGCAUCGACUCGUCCCUCCGCGCCGUCCAGGCCAACGCCGCCGCCGCCGAGGAGCGCAUUUACGAGCUCCUCCAGGCUGCGCUCUUCCAACUGCAGGUCUCGACCCAGGCCAAGCUCGCCCUCCUCCUCGGCGACGAGCUCGAGAUGCGGCGCCAGCUCGGUGAGCUCGAGCACAUGGACGCGUUCCUCACCUACCAGCGCUCGGUCCUCAAGCCGACCAACUUUCUCGAGGCCUGGAACAAGCACCUGCUCCUCCGCGCCGAGAUCCACGACACUGCGCCCGAGUCGCUCCGCCCGCUCUCGGACGUCCAGGCCGACCUGCAGGUGGUUGGCGAGGUGGUUGUCACCACCGCCUCGGCCCAGGGCCCGGGCCAAGGCAUGCCGCCGGUGGAUCACGCCCGUGCCGCCCACGACCUCGACAUGCGCGCCAUGCUCGCCUCCAAGGCCUCGUCCAACUUUCGCGCCCUCGUCUUCCGCGACUCGCCGGCCCGGGUCCCCGACCCGGCCGACCGCAACCCGGCCGCUGCUAUCGAGUCGUCCAUGAUUGCUGCUGGCGACCUCGGCCGCUCCGACUACGGCCCGCGCCACGACGACUCGGUCCUCCGCGCCCACAACGAUUCGAUGCUCUCGUCGGUCCCGCACUCGGCCGCAAAGCCGGUCGUCAAGUCGACCACUGACCUCUGGUCCGAGUCGCUCAACCGCCACUUUGCCGCCCACCCGCGCUGA